AUGUUUCGUCCUUUACAUCAAACUACUAUACGCACUCCUGCUUUUGUUCGAACUUCCAACUUUUCAACUUCUUUACCUGGUCUUGGACGCGGUGGUUCUGGUCCAAUUUCGCUUGGUGGAAAAACUUUUACAUUUGGUGAAAAACUAUGGAUUAAACAAGGUCGUGAUAUUUUACCAAAAAAUUCAAAAAAUUUAAGUCCUCAGCCUGGUCAGUUUGAUGACGCUGAAGAAGAACGUAAAGCGUUGCACACUUUGUCUGAAAAAUUAAUAUAUGGUGAUGGUGAAAGGGAAUUAGGUCGAGAAUCUAGUUACCGUCGUCCACCAGGUUAUGGUAUAGACUAUCAAAGACAAAAGUCAAGAAAUAAUUCUAGAGAUACGCAACAGCGACAGACAGGAACUACACGGGUUAAACCUAAUGUGUUGUCAACAGCUUCAAAAAAGAAACAACAUAAACAUAUAGAUAAUUUGAACCAAAUUCAAGCAAAGGAAUUCAUUGUAGAAGACAUUAAUUGGUCAAAUUUUACUGCUUCACAACCUACUUCCUUAGAGAGUAAGGAAGAAGAAGCUGCUGCAUUAAGGUUAGAGCUGAAAGGUGGUGAUUAUGAUCGUUAUUUAUCUGUUCCUGCAUCCGUUUGGGACAUAAGCGAGAAAGAUAAAGUAGCGAAUCAAUUCGAAUCAAUACAAUUAUUGAUUGGACAAAAUCCUUCCUAUAAUCUAAGCGACAAAAAGGUUUUCUAUGAAACAUUGGCUCGAAGUUUGAAACCUUUGACUGAAACUAAAAAGAAUUCAUGA